GAAUGGACUUUCUGCAGCUUCAAGGAGUCAACCAUGGAUUUCAGGCAUGUGAAGGACUAUUUCUCCAGGUGUUACUACCAAUACCAAAUCAUUAGCAGCUGUGCUGUCAUGGAUCCAUGGGAGUCAUCCAUAUUCAAUAUCAUCUUACUAACCAUUUUUAUUGUGGUGGUGUAUAUUGCCUAUGUUUUUAUUCUAGUCCACAUCUACUUGGUGUGGAAAUUUUUCUCCAAAAUGUGUGGCUCUCACAGUAAACUUUCAAAUUGA